GGACUGCAUCUGGCAACACUGAGUCUUUUAAGUAUAAGAUGCUAUGUAAUUGACAGAGUCCUCUCAUAUACCUCUCGGCGUUGCGGGAGGUUAGACGUACGUGUGUUCGUACACACUGUCUCCGUCUCCCUCUUUCGCUCUGAGGAGAAAAAAAACUACGUCCGAAGAGGCUUGUGACAUAAUAGAAACACGUAAGGUAGAUAGUUUGUGCUUCAAAAAUUAUCCCAGAAAAAAAACUACGUCUACAGAGAACCUCAUCUGAAUUUGGCUGUUACAGACCCACUACAGAAUAUACUUGUCUAGACUUAGUGUAAUAAGACUGACAGACUGUUUAAUGAAGGCUGUCAAACUGGUUUUUUACGAAUUUUACAACGAAACAAAUUAGUGAAAGGGGUGAAAAUGAGUCAGUUUGGCCUAAUGUGAAUUUGGUUGCUAUAGACUUAUAUACUCAACUACUCGCUGAACUUGGUGUGAUAAACCAUUGACCAAAACGACUAGCCGGGUUGUAUAUAGCAUACCAAACUUAGAAAUUAUAGUGGUGAGAAGUAACAUAUACCUUUCUUGUCAACAUUAACAAUCAAGAAGACAAUUCUGCUGCAGUCUGCAACAAAUUAUAUCAAGUUUUUUCCCCAAAAUGCGACAGCUAGUAGGUUUAUCCCUCACGUCAGUACUGUUGUUAGUACUAUGUCCCUUGGGUAAUACGGAGGACUUUCAGAUUUCCAAUGAAGAUGGACUUUCUUUUUCUAAUGACUCGGUCAUUAUCUCCUCCUCCACCUCAACGUCAAAGGAGCUCAUUUCUUUCACUCCUCCCUCUCCGGACGAGGGAGAUGGCGCAGUCAUUGGUGAAAUGAGUAAACAAAUAGAAGUGGAGGUUGAGGACGAUGCUAUGGACAUCGGGAAAGGUAACCAAAGCACGGAAGAGGCGAUAAUAAACACUGAAAAAGAAGAAUCGAACGUAAGGGGACCCCUUUCAAGUGACGUCAUCACAACGCAACAGCCAGCAGACGCCCUUGACGGGAAGCGGGCACUGUCAGGCUACGUAGGCUUCCCGUACCGGUACGAACAGGUGCCCAGCGAGCUCCGCAGGAGGGUAGGAGAGAGGAGGAAGACGCACCACCGAGUGCCCGUGCCCUUGUCCGUGCAGGACGUUAUGGACAGGAACGACGAGGGGCAUUCUAUCACGCCAUUCGAGGUUCAACGCCCUAUUCAGGAUAUCGUUCAAGGAUUUGGGAGUCACGGACAAGACCAUCAUCAUGUGCUGGAGCAACCUCAUCAGCACCAACACCAACACCAACACCACCAACAUCACCAACAAGGACAGCACCACCGCCACCCGAUGGAGGAGGGGUACAACGGCCCUCCGACGCAGAUGUCCCAGACGGAGAUAGACUUCCUGGGCAUCCUGGCCGCCAUAGCCCUCAAGCUCCUGAUCUCCACGGCUCUGGCUUCCUGGUUCCUCUUCGCCGGGCAGUCCCUGUACAGCAUAGCCUCUGUCACCGGCACAACUGCAGUGUUCGGACAGGACUCCAGCCUGGGCUACAUCUACAAGACCCUCCCGCUGGUCGAGGCGAUCCUGAGGGGCGAGCAGAACUUCUACAGGAGGAAUGACUGAUGGCGCGAAGUCUUCGGUAUUAGAACAUACUCCUGUGCUGUCUCUGACUCAGCCUAGGCACAAUCACCCAGCUGCGUGCCCAGCUCAUUAAGCCGGGCUCUGGGUUCUGGCCUACCUCUCUGUUGCAGUGCGGGUCCGGCCUACCUCUGCGUCACUAUACUAUUCCAGCCAGCCUCUGAGUUGCAAUACCGUUACAGCCUACCUCUCCGUCAACGCAGCGUCUUUGAGAGAUUCGAAGCACUCUCUUGGCUUUGUAUAUAUAUUAAUCAUCUAGCUCUGCAGCUUUCUCACUAAUGUGGAAUCUGGCCCACCUCUGGACCACCUCAAGAUAGCAACAUGUAUAAAGAAACUCAAUUCUUUUGUAAAGAUUCCUUGAAAUUUAUAUUUUUGUUCUUUCACAGAACUCCAAAAUCCUUUUAAUUUAUGAGCAAUGUGAGGAAAAGUGUCUUUAAUCUCUUAUCUGAACUGUUUUUCUAUCAGACUUUUGUGCAUGUAUAUAUUUAAUUUAUUCAUCUGUAAUUUAUUUACGUAUUUAUUACAAUUUUGUGUAAUGUAUCUGUUAAUUUAUCUCAUACAUCAACACGUUUGCAUCAAACAGCAAAUCCUACUCA